ACCGCAUCGCCUCACCACCCGCCCCUCGCCCCUCACUUCGCCCCUCGACAACCAUGGUCGCUCAACUCGCUUCGGCCACGACGGCCCUCUUCGCCCUCUCGUUCGCGGCGCACCUCGCCCGCGCCGACGUUGUCCCGACCGCCCCUGGACCGGGAGAGGUCUUCCGCGUGAGUUGUGCGCGCUCGUUGGGCUCAGGGGGAGCGAGGAGGGAGCGAGGGGCGCGAGGAGGGCGCGAGCGGAAUGUCCGAGGGGGCGCGUGGGGGCUCGGCGGGCGCGGCGAGCGCUCGAAGGGAUAUGGCAGGGCGUGCAGGGCGGGGUUGGGAGGGUCUCGCUGCGCGGCGGGCGAGGCUGCAGCGGCGAGCGAGGACUGUGUGUGGUGGAGCCGCGGGGGAGGACGGGCGAGGUCGAGCGGGGCUUGCCGCGUCGCGCAGCGCCAGAAGCAUCUCGAACAGUCGCAGGGCAUCCUCACUGACACGGUCCUCCCCACCGUGCAGGUCGGCGAGAAGUGCAACAUCGAGUGGAACCUCGACACGACCGGCAACUGGACCGACUUCUCGAUUACGCUCAUGACGGGCUCGAACUUUGCCAUGGAGCCGGUCCAGACGGUCGCGACCGGCCUCGACGGCACGUCCGGCGCCCAGACGAUCGACUACACGUGCCCGAACGUGUCGCCCAACUCGGCCAUCUACUUCUACCAGUUCAGCCAGGACGGCGCCGACACGGCGUGGACGACGCGCUUCACGAUCGCCGCCGCCGACGGCUCGACGACCAAGCCCACCGAGUCGACUGCCGGUAUCGCGUGGGGCACUGGCUCGCUCGUGAGCGCCGGUGGCUCGGCGAGCAGCGCCGCCGCCUCGGGCUCCGCCGCCGCCUCGUCCGCCGCAGGCAGCGCCUCGUCCGCCGCCUCGUCCGCCGUCGCCGCCUCGUCGAGUGCCGCCGCGUCCUCGACGACCGUCGAGUCGAGCAGCUCGUCGGCCGACGACGCGUCGUCGUCGACCUCGACCGAGGCGCCCUCGUCGGCCUCGUCGUCGGCCUCGUCGGGCCCGGCGCGCUCGAGCAUGACCAUGUCGGCGCCGUCGGCUUCGGUGUCGGCGCCCGCAUCUGCGGCGGCCAACGCGGACAACGCGGCCGGCCGGGCGGCGGCGAGCGUCGUUGCCGUCCUCGGCGCGGCGGUCGCGCUCGUGUUCGCGUGAGACGGGCGCAGGUCGCUCUUCUUCCUCUCUCUGCCAUAAAUGCAGCAUCGUGUCCCCCUUGUCACCCUGUCCUCCCCCUCUCUUCUCAGCCUAGUGCCCCUCCUCUCGCUUUCGCACGCCCGCACGCCCAGUUGUGGGCCACAUCCUCGUAGACACUCGCUCUUUCCUCCUUCCUCGUCCCCCUCACUGGCUUUAUCACGACCCUGCAACGAUCGAGAUAUCACUCUUCGCGA